GAGUUAUAUACACAUUAGGCAGGCUUAGGGCUGGGUUAGUUACCUGUCCUGGUCAUAAUUAACCACUACAUUUGGUAUAUAAAUUGCAGCAUGUCAAAAUGGUAUAAACAAAAUCGUUUUUAGGCCUAUGAUGACACAUAUGUUUUCUGCAAACAUUGAUCAUUAUUUCAAAUUGUUAAUGCAAAUGAGGACAUUGUUUUGACUGAAAGGAAUAAAUUACAAAUUCGUGACCGGUUUUACGUCAGAGAUUUUCCAGGAGUCCUUCUGUAUACUAGGAAUCCUCUACCUGUAUUGUGUAUAUAUACAGACGGACUUCUUCAGACACAACAUACAUAGUGAUAUGCUGAGCAUCAUGAGUGUGUAUUACGCUGUACUGAUAUGUAUUGUAGUCCUCAGCAGGAUCGAAGCUCAAACAAAGAAGCCGAGAAUCUACUUUCUUCACGUCAAGUCCGAUAUCAGAUAUAGGUUUGCUACUACAGUCGUCACCAGUAAAGUGGUGAACCCUGACCUUACGGCGCAUGAAUCAACAUUUGACGUCACACUUCCAAACGAGGCAUUCAUCUCUAACUUUACAUUAACUGUGGGGAACGAGGUAUACGUUGGUAACGUCACGACGAAAGAGACCGCCCAACAGGUGUAUGAAAAGGACAGGAGUCAAGGCAAAUCUGCCGCACAGGUCUCUGUCAAGCCAAGGGAAACAAAUACGUUCAACAUUCAAAUUAAUGUUGCUGCUGAUGACAAAGUAACAUUUGAACUACGCUACCAGGAACUACUUCAACGGAAGUUGGGUGCCUACAGUCACUUGAUCUACUUAAAGCCAGGGGAGCCUGUGGCGGACCUCAGGAUUGAGGUGGAUAUUGAUGAAUCUAGAAAUAUAACGAACUUGAAAAUCCCACCAAUCAAGAGCAACUUGUUCACAAUAAAGGAUCAAAAAGAUGCCGAUGCAGCUAUAACCAUCACGCGUCCGUCCCCAGAGAGAGCUCACAUCUUGUUCCAACCUAGCCUUAAUACACAAACAGCAGGCAACUCGAACGGCUUAGAUUGUCAGUUCAAAGUCAAAUAUGACAUCGAUAGGAACUUUGACGGCGGUGAUCUCUUGAUGGUAAAUGGCUAUUUCGUUCAUUUCUUUGCCCCGAGUGGCUUACCACCUAAACCAAAGGACGUUGUAUUCAUAUUGGAUAAAAGUGGAUCUAUGCGUGGGAGAAAGAUGGCCCAGCUGAAAAAAGCCAUGUCUACGAUCUUAUCUCAGAUACAAUCCGAGGACAGAUUGAAUAUUUUAACAUUUAGUUCAAGUAUUUAUCCAUGGGAAAUGGAGGCAAAGCUCCUUUCUGCAUCUCCAGGGAAUAUUGAACGGGCAGAUACGUAUGUGAAACACACUUUAGCAAGUGGAGGUACAAACAUUGACGGUGCACUCAGAAGAGGAGUUGCCUUGUUAGACGAACGGAAGGACAAGACAAGAGCGCCUGUCCUUAUAUUUCUAACCGAUGGGGAGCCUACGGUAGGACAAAGAAAUCCAGAGGAAAUACUUAAGAACGUUAUGAAAUUCAACGAAGAUAACAUACCUAUUUUUUCUCUUGCAUUCGGUGGUAAUGCAGAUUAUAAAUUUAUUAAAAGACUGGCAGCUCAGAACAAUGGCUUUGGGCGCAAGAUCUAUGAGGACGCUGAUGCUGCCCUUCAAAUCUCAGAUUUUUACUCCGAAAUUUCAGCAGUUCUCUUGCAGAACGUCACAUUUAGAUAUCUUCCGGGCUCUGUGGAUAAAAACACAUUGACAAAAACGAUAGUCCCCAACAUGUUUCAAGGAUCUGAAGUUGUUGUAGCUGGUAAAAUGGCGAACGCAUUGACGUAUGAUAUCAAGCCGAACGUUAUCGCUACUGACUCUAACGGUUUGGUUACUCUUGACGUACCUACAGACGGAGUGAUACAUCUCAAUUCUACACUAGAUUCCGACAGUUACUCUAUCACAGAAAAGAUAUGGGCCUAUCUUACCAUUAAACAAUGGAUACAGAAGAGGGACGGAUCGACAGACGAAACAGAACAAGGGAAACUAAAGCAGAAUAUCAUAACAAUGGCGUUAAAGUACAACUUUGUAACUCCCUUUACAUCAAUGGUGGUGUCAUUGCCGGAUAAACUACAAUCGUCGGCCGUUGAUCUCCUCCCGGACAGUCCUGAGUCUGUGUCUUCUGGAUCACGUUUUACUGGUCUUCCAAUGGCCACAGGACAACCCGUCCAAAUGGCUCGUUCAUUUCCCCCCGCAAGAUCGCGUUCCUUCUUCACGAGAUCUCGUUCACCAUCUAGGUUACGAAAGUUCGGUAAUCGAAGAAUGAGUCCCGUACAAAAUCAAGUAGCAUUCAGCCAGAAUUCAAGGCCAAGGCUCCACUCUGUCGGUCGAUUUAAUGCUUUGAAAAGAGGAUCGUCUUUCGGUCCCCUAAUCAGACGUGUAGCUGGUGCUGCUAAAUCAAACAGCAACAGUUUCAAAACAUCAUCUCAGAAUACUGGAGGUGGUUCGUCAUUGGGCGUCUCUCCUGGUAAAACUCGGCCUGUGACAACACCACACAACAGGAACACUAUGAAAUCUACAACACCACAACAUGAAAGUACUUCCGGUUACACUCUAGGUGGAAUUAAAGGUAUUGAGCUGCCAUUGUGCUUGAAGAACCCCAGUCAGGCCGACGAGGCAAAGCGUUAUACUCUGUUUCGGGACAUAGACACGGGGACUCGUGUAAAAGUCAGGUUUACACACUCUCAAGAUGGAACAACACGCAUCAAUUACGUAACGAUUGAUGCCAAGACCGUGACCGAGUUAUUCCCGACACAUCUCGUUGAGAAUGGGGUGAGACAUGCAUGGAAUUCCAAUACAUUUUUCACAUACGUGCAGGGAAGCCGAGGGUCCGGAGUUAAACUAGAAGUGACGUCGCUAAACAAUAACAGGCUCAUCGUUAACUUUAAUUUUACGGAAAACACAUCUGAAAACAUCGAGGGAUCCCUAGCUCUUCCGAUUAACGGCACCAUUAAAGAUAAUCCCAAUCUAAAUACAUUUCCAAACAGUCAAAUCAAAGAGCUUUCUUUGCUGGCUAAGAAGUUAGGGAGUGUCCGACUGAUGAUGAUACCGGUGGAAUUAAGUACCGUAAUGAAAUGUUGGGUUGUCCGAUCUACACUUCCCUGGGUUUUAUAGCCGACGGUGUGAUAAUGGAUGUCGACAAAUCGAUAACGACAUGUGGUGCUGGAGUAUCCAACGUCAUUCCAACAUGUGAUACUAUAGCCGUUUUCAUGUUGAAUUUAACUUUCGGAUUCUCGAAUUUUCCCGUCAAGGAGAACUGUGAUUACAGAGAGUGAUUUAAUUGCUAGUGAAACAAACAUCAUACAGUUAAAUGGAUCUCAAAAUGUUUUCUAAUAAAAGCAUUUUCAAUCAUUUAAUUACUCCGGUGACAGAUUCACUGAAUUCAGUAGCGAAUGUUUUAAGGUAAACUGUCAAGUUUUAUACACCUGUAUAUCUUAGAAAAGUAUUGCAAAUCAUUUAUUUCGUUAUUUCUAAUACAAUGUAGUUGUUCUGAUGUGACGUGAUGUAAUUGGAAAAUAAUGAAAAGUAGAUUAUUGAAAAAAUGACAAGGAUUAAUGAUUCAAUUCUUUUCCUUUGUAAGAGAGAUUUUGUGUAGUUGCUAGUUGGUGCGAGCGUUGAGAAUAAUAUAUCGGGGUAUAUCGUAGCUGUCUUUGUGAGGUCAGUUCCUUGUGAUUCGGACCUUCAUAUGUGUUUGUAGGAUUGGCUUGUUGUACGGAUGGGCUCGGCGAGUGACUGAUCAUCUUUUUUUGUUAUCAUAUCAUGAAUUAUGUCCUGGAUAUAUUUGUUAUUAUUUUAAAGAAAAAUAAAAAUCCAUGCUUUGA